AUGGAUGAGAUGAUGCGUGGACAAAGAGGGUGGAGAGAAUUAGCAGUCUUGGGGGAUAAAAUAGAGAAGUUCUCUGGUAUGCUAGAGGGCUUUAUUUGGUCUCCUAGGAAUAGUGAAGCCAAUGACCGUUUUGAUGAUUGGGCUUUUGAGGAGGUAAUAAUUAGGAAACAUUUUCUUGCACCAUCACUGCUUGCUUCUCUAACUUAUUCCAUUGUUCAAAUGCAUGUUGGAAAGGGGCCCCAUUCUGAUUUUACUGGACCAAACUCUGGAAGCACAGCUUGUGUGGCUGUCAUCCGAGGAAACAAACUUGUUGUUGCUAAUGCUGGAGAUUCUAGAUGUGUCUUAUCAAGGAAAGGCCAGGCACACAAUUUAUCUAAGGAUCACAAGCCUGACCUUGAGGCUGAGAAAGAUAGGAUUCUAAAAGCCGGUGGUUUCAUCCAAGUUGGACGGGUGAAUGGAAGUUUAAAUUUGGCUAGAGCAAUUGGAGAUAUGGAGUUCAAGCAGAAUAAGUAUUUGCCUGCCGAAAAGCAGAUUGUGACUGCUGAUCCUGACGUAACUUCAGUUGAGCUUUGUGAUGAUGAUGAGUUUCUUGUAAUUGCUUGUGACGGAAUAUGGGAUUGUAUGUCUAGCCAACAGCUUGUGGACUUUAUACAUCAACAGUUAAAGACAGAGAAUAAACUUUCUGCGGUUUGUGAGAAAGUAUUUGAUAGGUGCUUGGCACCAACAGCUGGUGGUGAGGGAUGUGAUAACAUGACCAUGAUCUUGAUUCAGUUCAAAACACCUUCAAGCCCAAAUGUUUCUGUCACGAACCAGCCCCAGUCGUCUACUCAACCACCACCUGAAGCCGAUAAAAGUUCAGAGAAUAAAAUAGAACCGAAGUGA